UUUUACAAGUCCACUCUUCCUCUGUCUCUGUGACUCAUCUGACAUUAAGGACUGUAAGAGCAUGUGGAGUGUGUGUGCAUUGUGCGGUACAUGCGAUUGCAACAAUUUAUCAUGAAAGGAGAUUAAAGCUCUAUGCCUCGACUCUGUCUGGCUGAAACAAUCUGCACAGGACACGCAGCACCUCAGCAGCAGUUAGCAAAGUGCUGCAGCCGGCGUGGUGAGCUCUGAGAGGAAAUAGAUACAGAACAGACAAUUCUCAAUGCACAGGUUCCCUUCAGACAUUUGCAUGCUGUUUGACAGUGUGACUUCUGGAGCACUGCUUCUUGUAUCUCCAUCAUCCAUUGACAAGAGGACGGGAAAACAAAAGUCUAUCAGUCUGAUUAUGGAUGACUACAAUGUCUCUGCCGAGAGCCCCCACACAGGCCAAGGCCGACAGAACUCAAUUAAGUGUGGAUGGCUGCGGAAGCAAGGAGGUUUUGUAAAAACCUGGCACACGCGUUGGUUUGUUCUCAAGGGAGACCAGCUCUAUUAUUUCAAAGAUGAAGAUGAAAUGAAGCCUUUGGGAACCAUCUUUUUGCCUGGAAACAGAGUGGUGGAGCAUCCAUGCAAUGAAGACAGUCCAGGGAAAUUCUUAUUCGAAGUAGUUCCAGGGGGAGAUCGGGAUCGGAUGACUGCAAACCAUGAAACAUACCUUCUUAUGGCCAGCACGCAGAAUGACAUGGAAGACUGGGUGAAGUCAAUCCGCAGAGUCAUAUGGGCACCAUUUGGUGGAGGUAUAUUUGGGCAGAAACUGGAAGACACGGUACGCUUUGAGAAGAGGUAUGGCACACGUCUGGCUCCCAUGUUGGUGGAGCAGUGUGUGGACUUUAUCCGGCAGCGUGGGUUGACAGAGGAAGGACUAUUUAGACUGCCUGGCCAAGCAAACCUGGUGAAAGAGCUACAAGAUGCUUUUGACUGUGGGGAGAAACCAGCAUUUGACAGUAACACAGAUGUCCACACCGUAGCCUCACUUCUGAAGCUGUACCUACGUGAGCUGCCAGAACCUGUCAUCCCAUAUUCAAAGUAUGAGGAUUUUCUCUCAUGUGCAAAACAGCUGAGCAAAGAGGAGGAAUCUGGAAUGGCAGAACUAGUGAAACAAGUAAAGAGCCUCCCACCAGUUAAUUAUAACCUAUUAAAGUACAUCUGCAGAUUCUUGGAUGAGGUGCAGUCCUAUGCUGGAGUGAAUAAAAUGAGUGUUCAGAACUUGGCUACAGUCUUUGGGCCAAACAUCCUGCGUCCCAAAGUGGAGGAUCCAAUGACUAUAAUGGAGGGUACUGUCAUCGUGCAGCAGUUAAUGGCAGUAAUGAUAAGUGAGCAUGAAACACUUUUCCCCAAAGAAGCUGAUGUUCAGAUUGAUGCUGGACAAGAACUGACCAACAACAACAAUGAGCUGAAGAAAAAGAUGCUUCUAGGCCAAAUACAGAACAAGGAGAAUAAUAAUACAAAGGAUAUAGCAGUGAGACGUUGCUCCUGGGAGAAGUCCGAUUCUCCGCAAAGGUCAAAUGUUGACAAUGGAUCUCCCACUGUACUCUCAGGAAGUAAAUCCAGCAGCCCAAGGAACAGCAUUCACAAACUGGAUGUAACCCGAAGUCCACCGCUAAUGGUGAAAAAAAAUCCGGCUUUUAACAAGGGUAGUGGGAUUGUCACCAAUGGUUCUUUCAGCAGCUCUGCAGAAGUCCAUGACAAACACCAUUCUUUGCCCAAUGGUACCUUACAGGCUAGAAGAGCCUCUUCUCUCAAAAGUUCAGGAACCAAAAUGGGUACUCACAGUGUACAGAAUGGUGCUGUAAAAAUGGGUGUGUCCAGUACAGACCCAAUGAGCAAUGCUUUGAACAGUCGGACCACAAGCUGGCUGCCCAAUGGAUAUAUCACAUUAAGAGAUAACAAACAAAAAGACUCUGCAGGUGAAUCAUUGCAGCAGCACAGAUUGUCCACGUAUGAUAAUGUUCACCAGCAGUUUAUGAUGAACUCUGAUGAUAAGCAAAGUGUGGAUAGUGCAACGUGGUCCACAUCAUCAUGUGAAAUCUCUCUCCCUGAGAACUCCAACUCCUGCCGCUCCUCCACAACAACUUGUCCAGAGCAGGAUUUUUAUGGUGGGAACUUUGAAGACCCUGUUUUAGAUGGGCCAGUCACUGAGGAUAUUACUAAUGCAACAGACUUUGAGAGCAAAUUUGACAGGAGAAGUGCUGGGGGUCACAGCAGCAGGGCUACCAGCAGCAGUGACAACAGUGAGACUUUUGUAGUGAGCAACUCAAGCAACCACAGUGCACUUCACAGCCUUGUGUCCAGUUUAAAACAGGAAAUGUCAAAACAGAAAAUGGAGUAUGAGACCAGAAUAAAAAGCUUGGAACAAAGAAAUCUAUCUCUGGAGACAGAAGUAGUAGCCGUGCAUGAGGAACUGGAGCAAGAAAGAAAGAAAUACACGAUGGUGGAAAUUAAAAUGAGGAAUGCAGAACGUGCAAAAGAGGAUGCUGAGAAAAGAAACGACAUGUUGCAGAAGGAGAUGGAACAGUUUUUCUCAACUUUUGGUGACCUCACAGUGGAACCGCGUAGGCCAGAGAGAGGGAACACAAUAUGGAUCCAGUAAAGUGGGCCAAAGUACGUUGGACAGUGAGAAGGAGCCGUAGUGUUUUCACACGGAUGGUCUUCAGGUGGCUGGUCACCUGACCAAGAUUAGCACUCAUUUUCUAGGUACCAUAUAGGGAGGGGGCAAAUAAAAUGAAUCUGCUACAUCCACAGUAUCUGCCUAACCAAGUCUGUUCUAUUAUUACAUGAUCCAUAUUGCUACUGUCAAGUGUUACAACUGGAUAUGUGUACAUAGAUUAUAAAAAAAAGUGUUAUGUUUAAAACAGAAUUGUAUUCCAAGAAUAAUAAUAAUGCAAGUAUUGUAUUUAAAACAGCAAAUUGAUAUGUUGUUGCAGUAAAGCUUUAUAUGAAGUCAAUAUACAGUAUAUCCUUGCACUUAAAAUGUAAUACAAUAUUUUUGCGCAUUGUGCUAUCAUGGGCUUAUUUUGUAUAUUACUUGUCUAUAUUCCCAUGUUGACAGGGAAUGGAAAUAAAAAAAACAAAAACAAUAUAGGAUGAUACUUGUGGCUUUUGAUGUUUGUGCCAACCACCUUGCCUAUGACCAAAAGAAAGUGUACAGAAUUUUAUAAAGCAUUGCCACGAG